AUGAGCCGACUUCCCCCAAGCAUGUGGUGUGAUCGUCCGAUUGGUUAUAACUCAUCUUAUCCAUUAAGAUGCUGGGUGCUUCUGUCUGAUUGGUCAGCUCUUGAUCCAAUCCGUUUCUGCAUCUCUCCACUUGCUUCUCAUCCACUCCUGAAGCUUCUCCUCUCUCUCAGUGCUGGGUGUCUCUCCCUGAUAGCAUUAGGUAUUCUUGGAGUUUAUCCACGCCCUCUCUCCUCCAUAGCAGCUGGUGUCGUUGCCCAAUUGGUUUAG